GGAGGAUAGGGCGGAGGGGUGGACAGACGGAGAGACAUGCUCCGCUACGGCUCAACGGGAACGGUCACCACCACCACCACCCAAAACCAGCCGGAGAUCUCCAGCGAGAGGACAAUCAGACGUCUCCGGUUGACUCUACAUCCCGGACAGAAUGGAGAGAAGAAGCCGCAAAGUCAGACUGCAACCUCGAAUGAUAAAGACAAGUCUGUCAGCGGGACGUGGAAGAAGAAAAAUGGGAUGAUCCAGAGGGACCGGCCAGCGAGCAGCGAGACGCCUGUGCAGCAGCCUGUAGCCAUAGCCAAUGGGCUGCCAGAGACGAUGCCACUGCAACAUGGGCCGAAGGUGUAUGGGAUAGUCCAGAGGACGGGCACCGACAGGCAGCAGGAGGUGAUGGCGCGCGAGUGGCCGGUCAACCACCUCCAGGAUGAGAUGAGGUACAUCAGGGAGGUGAGAGAUUCCCUGGAGAAGGUCAGGGAGCGGAUGUACGGACAGUUCGGAGGAAUGCAGCAGUCGAUGCAGAAGCUUUCACAAGAGAUCCGGGCUGCCAACUCCCAGCGGCAGAGUCUGGAGUCAGAGGUGAGAAUUCGAACCGCAGCCAUGGAGAGCUUCGACCAGAUGAACAGCAGCCUGAUAACCGCCAACAUUGACCUGCAGAAAUCCCUCCUGGAGAACUGUCGAGACAGGGUGGACACGAGGGAAGAGGUGAAGAGUUUGCGGAACAGCUGCGAGACAACGGAAGAGCGACUGAAAGAAAAGGAGAGAGCGCUGGCUGCUGCGCAGGCUGAAAACCAAACUCUGAAACUGCAGGUGGAGGCGUCACAGGAGGCUGGCAGCCGAGCGCUGCAGGAAGUGACGUCGCGGCUGGAGAGGCGCUAUGAAGAAAAGCUUUUGGAGGAGCAGAGGAGACACAGGGAGGAAAUAGAAAACCUACAGGCCCAGAUCGAUGAGUAUGUCAGACGAUUAGAGGAAGCGGAGAGGAAUCUGAAAAUCGCUCACAACAAAAUCGCUGAAAGGGACGAGAGGAUCAGAGAAGUGGAGCGUCUGUUGGACUGCAUGGGACAGGAAAAGGGUCAACUCCAGAAGAAACUGCACGAGUGUGAACAACGUCUCCGCUUGAUGGAGCUCACAGACCAAACCGAUGCAACCGUAGCCAGGAGCAGGUCUAAACAGCUGGAGGAAGAAGCCUCAGACCUCCGUGAGAGAAUCAAACAUCUGAACGACAUGGUGUUCUGCCAGCAGAGGAAGGUCAAAGGAAUGAUAGAGGAGGUUGAGUCGCUGCGAGCUCAGGUUGCGAAGAAGGACAUGUUCAUCUCAGAACUCCUGGACAGAAUUGCCAUUGUGGAGUGUGAGAAUAAUGAAUUAGAAGACAAGCUGAAGUAUUUUAUGUCUAAACAGAAUAGGCCAAGAGAUGUCGCGCAAACCAGGGAGGUAGGAGUGGGCUGUCAUCUACUCCCCAGGAGCGAAGUCAGCGAUGCUGAAUCCACCGACCAGUCUGAGCCAAGUCAGUCCCAGCCCAUGCAACAGCCGCCCCAGUACCUCACCACCCCGACCCAGCCACGGACUUUCAAAUCAGGUCCACCGCUCAGCAGACUGGAGUCCAGUUUGCUGAGGUACACUCCAGUUGAGUACAGCCGGUUUCUGAAGUCCAAACCCUCGUAUUCCUGUGAGACACAGACGAGCCCACAGCGAUCCGAAUCCGAUUCCGUGAGUCCGGUGCGGUCCAGCGCGGACGAAUCCGUCUCAAUGCCAAUGGCGGACACCGACUCAAGUCCAGAGGAAUCCACUCCGACCCCGCCCCCUUCGCCAGCAAGACUACGUCCGUCUCGAAUCUAUACGCCGUUCAUGAAGCUGAUGGAGAUAACAGCAAAGAUUAACAUAGAGUAAUCUGGCAAGCGCCGCUCUCUCUGGCCUGGUUUACUCGGCCAGCUGGAAUGAUAAAAACCAGCACGUGUGACAUAUUUCUGACCUUAAACAAGGUCAAACUCCAUUUCUGCUUUGUCCAGACACACAGUAAGUCACAUCAGCCUGUCACACAUGAUAUAACAAACGUGAAAAAUAUGUGAAAAAAUGUGAUUCUUUGGGAGGCGGGGGGCCUUUUUCCUCCUCAUUCGUAUCCAGCCAAUUACCCCACUCUUCUGAGCCGUCCCGGUCUCUGCUCCACCCCCUCUGCUGAUCCGGGGAGGCUGCAGACUACCACAUGCCUCCUCCCAUACAUGUGGAGUCACCAGCCGCUUCUUUUCACCUGACAGUGAGGAGUUUCACCAGGGGGACGUAGCACAUGGACCCCCCCCCCAAACAGGCGCUCCGACCGACCAGAGGAGGCGCUAGUGCAGCGACCGGGACACAUACCCACAUCCGACUUCCCACCCCGCAGACACGGCCAAUUGUGUCUGUAGGGACGUCCGACCAUGCCGGAGGUAACACGGGGGUUCGAACCCGCGAUCCGCGUGUUGAUAGGCAACAGAAUAGACCGCCACGCCAGCUAGACGCAAAAAUGUGAUUCUAAAAGGAAGUGUAAGACCUGUGUAGGAAAUGUUGAUUCUACAACACAUGUUGCACUAUUGAACGGUGAUGUCACGUUGCGUCCUGUAGGGUGUAUAUAGUGUGUAAAUCACCCAUUGGAAGUAAUAUACCAAAGCAGUUUUUGUUGUGUUUACAAUACAUGUAGCCUACUUGUGUUGCUCACGGAGCUCUCGGCAGACUAUCUUCCGAAGGUUUGUAAGGUUUAUGUGUCUAUUUUUCUGCAAUUUCAUAUUUGCUUUGUAUAAAUGAAAUGAAAUAUUUUGUUACUUGUCACAUUGUGUGUGAAUUAUUUAUUACUAUGCUUUGUGCCUUUA